AUGGACCAGCUGACAGACAAGCCUGGCUGGGACAAGAAGGUUUUCGAUUCUACCAUUACUACCAAAUGGAAGGAAGAGGCGCUAUCACAAGCUCAACCCGCGUCUUCCGACGCGUCAAUACCUCCCAAUGUCAGCGAAGGAGCUGGGAAGAUCGACAUGACGGAGAAGAUGGUGGAUUGGUGUAUCGCGGAAUUGCAAUUUAAAGCAAAAGCUUUCCAAGAAAAUGGAGGGCUCGUUUCUGUCUACAACGGCGACGUCGUCAAAUCGGAUAUCGCGAUCCCGCCCGAACUUCAAGCGUCAUUGCGCGCAGCCGUGGCGCCCCUAGAAGACAUACCCGACCGUCUCAAAGACUGGCAUCCAGGUUCAGACGACGUCGUCCUUGACCUCGUACACCCCAGCUUGUUUCCGCUCGUGUACGGUCGUAGCAAGAUUUUGAAGGAGGGCGUGACCACUUUGGAUGACUGCAUCGAGCGAUGUGGCGAGGGGGAAGUGAUACCUAGUAUGACUGGUGGUGUCGCACCGGAGAGAUUACGGAUCAGUCGGAGGACCGUCGACUUAAAGUUGUUCAGCGACAAAUUUCAGUGGUUGCCCUGCGAAGUGGAUAUAUCGGCGAAUGACGGAAAUUCUGUCCGAAUCAAGAGCUUCAUUAAUAACUUACAUCCGAAGCGGUACCAUGGGCUGUAUAGCGUCAUUGAGCAAGUCAUCGCACGGGCCAUUCCUUUGUGGAAUAUGACUUUAUCCCCACUCAAAUUGGGGGUCGAAGAUUACAGACGUAUAGACUACGACUGUGUAGAAUACGAUCCGGACCCCGAUGACUUGCCGGGUGACGCGGGGCCACAGCAAGAGGAAGGUGAAGACGAUGAGGAUUAUAAUGACCGAAGGUGCGAGUGGGAACGAGAGUACAGGCGUGUCGUCCUCCCUGAGCCCGGAACGUUUGAACCUCCUUCAUACAUCCCGGAAGACCCAAGGGACCUAGUUGACCUGAGGGAGGAUUACGAGGGUAAACCCCUGCAAAUCAUAGUCAAGCUGGCGAACAUCCACCUAACCCCGCAGAAACCGGAGUAUAAAGGAGGGAAGUGGCAUGUUGAAGGCCAAAUGAAUGAACAUAUAUGUGCAACAGCUAUAUACUAUUAUGACUGCGAGAAUAUCACCAACAGCCGCCUUGCAUUCCGCCAACAAUCAGAUAAGGAUGACGCAGAAGGGAUCAACUACCCGCAAAGCCAGAGUGACUGGCUGGAAGACGUUUUCGGGUGUGCCGAAGGCGACUCCACGGUGCAAGUAGUCGGGUCCGUCGAAACUCGAGCUGGCCGACUGAUCACAUUCCCCAACAUUCUUCAACACCAGGUUCAGCCGUUCUCGUUGGAGGAUCGGUCGAAACCAGGGCACCGGAAGAUCCUCGCGCUCUUUCUGGUAGACCCGACAGUCAAAGUCAUCUCGACGGCGCAUGUUCCCUGCCAACGAAAGGAUUGGUGGCAGGAGGUUGUCAAUACGCGGAGUGCGAUUGGCGACCUUCCCCGUGAGCUGCAGGAUCAGGUGUUCCAGCAGGUUGACGAGUUCCCGUUUGGUAUGCAGGAAGCGAAGGAGUUAAGACUCGAGUUGAUGGAGGAAAGGAAGCAGUUCGUGGUUCACGCUGAAAAUGUGUUUAAAAAUCAGCAGACAUUCUCUCUCUGUGAACAUUGA